GCACUUAGUGAUCGCUGUUUCACUGGAAAAGAUCGACUUGCACAAUGACUGGCCGUGGUAAGGGAGGAAAAGGAUUGGGAAAAGGAGGAGCAAAGCGCCAUAGAAAGGUUUUGCGUGAUAACAUCCAAGGUAUCACCAAGCCAGCCAUCCGUCGUCUUGCUCGUCGUGGCGGUGUGAAGCGUAUUUCUGGAUUGAUUUACGAAGAAACGCGUGGUGUAUUGAAGGUGUUCUUGGAAAACGUUAUCCGAGACGCCGUAACCUACACAGAACACGCCAAGAGGAAGACUGUGACGGCUAUGGACGUAGUCUACGCCUUGAAACGUCAAGGAAGAACUCUGUACGGUUUUGGUGGUUAAUUUCUCUUGCCGCAUUCAUGUCCUCACAAACAAACGGUCCUUAUCAGGGCCAACAAUAUUUACGACGAUGGAAUUUUCUGUUUCAAAAAAACUCGCUGUGAAAAUUAAUAAAGUACUGGUGAAUUUCCAAUCGCUCAUCCUUCACAUAUUUUGUGCCCAUUUUAUGUAUCACAAGCUUUAAUACUUUUUUUAAAUGACGACGGGUAUCUCCGAGAUGUAUAUAUAUAUACUUUCAUCGAAUUAUCUUUUGUAAUCUACGCUUGUGUUGCGAAUGAAAUAAAAAUGUUUCCUUGGA